GACCGAUAGCAACAACACUCAAACAAAGAAGAAAACGCAACUGAAGGAAGUGAAGGAAGACUGCCUCCGUGGAACGAAAAAAAAAUUACCUGUGGUGUUAUCAACAAUUUUUAUCGGAUGCUUCAAGCUAGAAGCAAAAUCUGCCAGUGGGAUUUAGUCAUCGUUUGUGCAGUGUAUUUUAUCGGUGAUUGUGCGAGCAAAGUUUUAGUGUUUCGAAAGUGCGUCAAAAUUCGCACGGAGCAGCAGCCAAAAGUCCCGUUAUGUUUUUGAUUUGAGCACCAAGAGUGGCCUCAUUUUCGGAAACAGAAUGUUCAAAAUCGAGUCCUACAUCACGCCCAUCAUCCUGAGCUAUGUGGAGAAGUACGUGAAGAACAUCCGGCCGGAAGAUUCGCAGGUGUCGCUAUGGGGCGGGGAAGUGGUGUUCCAGAAUCUGGACCUGAAGCUGGACGUGCUGGAGGAGGAGCUGUCGUUGCCGUUCCAGUUCCUGUCCGGGCACAUCCACGAGCUGGCCAUUCGGGUGCCGUGGACGAAGAUUGCCUCGGAACCGAUCGUGAUCACGAUCAAUACGAUUGAGUUCGUACUGAAGCUGCAAGAACCAGGGAAUCGAUCCGCUCCUCGGAAGGAUGCCUCCAAGAAGGGCAAAAAUUCGGAGGAAGCUCCCCCACCGGGUUACAUGGCCUCGCUGAUCAAUCGAAUCGCCAAUAACAUCACCAUCCGUUGUCACAACGUGAUCCUGAAGUACGUCGAGGAGGACAUCGUGGUGUCAAUGAACAUCCAGCAGCUCUCGAUGGAAUCGGCCGAUGGCAAGUGGAAUCCGGCGUUUAUCGACAUCUCGCCGACGAGGAUUUCCCUGCGCAAGUUGAUCAACAUCGUGGAUCUUACCAUCUGUCUGGACAAGCGCAAUUCGGCGGGGAAGAUUGAAGUGUGCCAGGAACCGGUUCUCUAUCGGAGUACGCUGCAGGCCCGGGUGCUGAUGAAGUACAGUAACGUUCCGACGCAGGACAGGUCCUCCAUCACUCGGAUCGAUAUCCAUAGUAAGUUUCUGGACUUCAACGUUUCGUCGCAGCAGUUUCCGAUGCUGAUGCGGUUGUUUGAGCUCGGAAUGGCACUGAAGCAAGGCAAGAUCAAAAGCGAGAUUGCCCUCGUGCAGGAAUCUGGAGCGGAAGGUGAAGGGGAGACCGGGCAGGAAUCGCUGCUGUCGUGGGCGUGGAAUUUGCUGCCUUCGUUCUUUCCGGAGGAGAACGAGAGUGAUCAUACGGAGGAUCACGAGUUUCAUGUGUUUCAUGCCGGGUACUACGUGGAUCGGAUGCGGAUGAUUUUCAAGACGCAGGAGUUCGUGGGGGACAGUGUGGUCGGAACGGCCAGAAAGAUCAAGUACAAUCCUUUCUUGCAGCUGGAUUUUGAUGGAGUACAUGGAGAGGUGGUGAUCUGCGGUUUGAAGUGGUUCAAUGUUUCUGGGGGGAUUGCUAGGAUAGGGCUUCAAGCCUUAGACGAUUGUCCUUGCGGACAACCUCUGACAAUUCGGGAGAUUUUCCAGAGUGAGGCACAGCUGUCGCGAGACGAACAUAUCAAGGGUUCAUUCUUUGACGACAGCUCCGGAGAGAGUCGUAAGUACAAUGUCAACUGGAACUAUCAUCUUGGGACGUACAGUCAGGAUGUGCUUUUGGGUAAAUCUCCUGCUAUAGCUAUGGAUAUUGUCCACGAAGUGCAGAUUCCGGAUGAUCGGAAAACUUCAGAUUUCGGAAGUGAUCUAGAGUUCAGUAAUCUGUCGGAAAAGUACAUGAUUCGGGCGUUUUUCGGUAAGUUCCGGCUAAAAUUCGGUGCUGAUACUCUUCAUCGGCUGAAAACGUUGAUUUCGUAUAAGGAUGCCUAUGAGUAUUCUCCGUACUACGAAGAAAAGCCUAUUCCUAGUUUAAAUCAGCUACUUCCGCCAUCUGCGGAGGAUUACGACGCUCUGAUGAACGAAAUACCAUUGAAACAAGUUCACAUCACGAUCAUUACCCCUACUCUGGAACUGUUCCCUUUUGAUCAUGGCAAAUUCCAGCUUGGGAGGAAGCGUAGCUCCAGUAAGUUCUCCCAAAAUGGUCAGAUGAUCCCUUACUUAUCGGUAGUCUUCAAUCGGGUCGAGUGCAACAUCCUAACGCCUCUCUACCCCAACCGACUGAUCUUCACAACUUGCCAACUGCCGGAACCACCGUCCAAGCUGUUCGACAGCUGCUUCCAUUCCAUUUCCGGAAAUCUGGAACGCCUCCAAAUCAAACUACACCACAACGAUUCAGAACUGCUCAUUGCCACGGCUAUCAACCUCAAUCACCAGCAUCGAUUCCUCAUUUUCCCGGAACUGUGGCCCAACUCGGAACUCAACAAAAUUGAGCACAACUACGGCAUUUCCGACCUCAAGUUGCUUCUCAGCCCUCCGCAAACCUCAGCCGCAUGGUCCAUCUUCCAGACACUCUCCACCCAAACUGCCUUCUUUCAUCCGUCCGCAGAAAUCCUUUCGAACCUCUUCAAUACCGCAAUGCCAACCCUGGACCUCACAAUAUCCCAAGUUCAUCUCCGGCAAAUCUUCUCAGAGUGCACUAUGUCCCUCAAACUGACCUCCCGCAGCCUCCGCUGUCUCUCCUACAUUCCCAGUACUUCGGCUACUCAACGUUCCCUCACUGCCCUCUGGCCGGAUCACCCCACCGAUGAAGACUUCCUCACCAUCAUCGUCCAACUUCCGAUCGAUCAUCAACUGACCUCUCUUGAGCAUCCUCCUCUCUUCUACGGACGCUUCCUCGAUCUCAGUCUCAACUUCGAUCCCACCCUCUAUGAAUUCCUCCGCAUCCUCCCGGCAAACCUAGCCGCCUGUCAGGAUGACCCCCUAGCUCGGACCCACGCCCGCCACUCCCUAAGCCCGCGGAAAUCGGUCGAACGCAUGCUGCCGAAGAAAGCCACCCAGCCCAUCACCUCGGUCCACUCCAGUUCGGACAAGGUCGACACGCAACCUCCGCCGGCGUUGACUCCCCUUCCGCCGAAGGUGGGAUCAACCGUCGCCGAAGAUGACACCGAGAAAGACGAAGCGGUACCGCAGGAGAGCACAGAAGCGCUCGUCGGAGUGGAGUUUUGGAAGCAGCUGUCCCGUAGGAUCAUCUUCCAUCUGGAGCUGCGGCACUGCACCGUGUACUUUCCGCAGCGCAACAUCGAACACGAGCCGAUCGGAGGCAGGAGGCCACCACCCGAGGAAGAGUUCGGAGACAAUGAGAUCGUCAUGCUGAAGCUUCCACUCAUUACGAUCAAUUCGGCAUUAAAAUCGACAAGCCUGUCCGCCAACAUCAACCGGUUUCCCAUCAGCCUGGCCAAGUCUGUGUGGCCAGACGACAAAGAAAGCUUCCCGUGGACCAUCUCGCUGGCCAACACAUCCAGCUGGACCUACCAGAACCGGCAGAUGAACAAACUGCUCGACGAAACGACCACCAACAUAUCGCUGGUGCUGAACUUCAAGGAAGAUGGCACAGCUUCCUCCGCAUGCUUCCACGUGGACACCUCGCCGCUCAAGGUAAACUUGUUCCAGGAACAGCUGGCACUUCUCAACGUCACACUGAAUAGACUGUUGUCCCUACCGAUGGUUCGAGCUCGUAGCGACUCAAAUGGAAAAUCACGUGAGCCACAGAUUUUGGAGAUCUCCCAGAAAUCCAGCAGCGCCGCAACGGCAACUGAUUUGAAGGAGUUCUUGGAUAUGACCCACAACUCCAGUAGGGCUUCCGAGGAAACCCUAAAGGAAUCAGGCAAAAAGGAAGCUCUUCCCAUUUCCGUUUGGCUGCAGUGGACCUUUUCAAAGGUGACAGUCAAUUGUAUCGGAAAGGACGAAGUCGGCCAGAUGAAAAUACGACUUGCUAUCGAAUUGGAGGACAUCAUCUACAGCUUGGACAUGCAAGACGUGUAUCUGCAAAUCAAGGCCAAAGUCGGUGGCAUGAGCGUCCAGUGCUACGAAUUCGACGUCGACAAAGGAGCUUGGGCCAAGAAUGAGGCGCUGGCAUUGACAGUGCAAACUGACUCAGGCGGUUCAAGCAAAUCCGCCAACGAUACAUUCCUCAACCUAACCUUGACGAAGGCAGAAACCACAAACGUACAUACCAAAUGGGACACGGUUCGAAAGAAUCGAGAACAUAACGACACCCUCAUCGAAGUCAUCGCCAAAGUAGAGCAAAUCGAUCUACGACUAGACCUGGAUCUGCUGGAACAAUGCUUAGAUGUUCUAACGAUUUUCCAAAAACAAGACGAGCCCGAGCCUCCUCAGAAAGUGUUCGGCGUGAGAGAUCUCCCCCUGAUUCUGUUCUCCAGCAAAGGACUUCGCUUGUUUAUUCCUCUCAGAGAUUGCUCCGAUCGCUGCAACGCCUACAUCUUCAAGAUCAAUUCCAUCACCAUGCAUCACAACGUGGAGAACCCCAUCUGUCGGGUUCCUUUGCGUCCCGACGUCUACACCAAGGCUGCCCAGAUGCGAAUCCUCAACGUCCCGGGGUCCAAAAUCGAAGAUCGCCAGUACGAAGUCCUGCUGAAGGAGAUCUCGCUCAGUACGGCCUGUUGGUCAGACAUCCUGGCGUAUAUCCAAGAUCAAACCUCGGCCACCACCCACCACGACAAUCCGGCCUUCGAAUGGAACAAUCUUCAAGAUGUCCAACGAUCGUCCGACUUCGAAGUCAACACGAUUUUCAAAGAGUUCAACUUCUCCGUCAUCUACGCUCCCUGCAUAAUCUACAAAAAUGUUCUCAUCUGCAGCCAAGCCAUGGAGCUGAACUGCAUGUCCGAUCUUCUCAUGGACCUGGACUUGGAUCAACUACGCCUGGCUGGCAAUAUCUCCCGCAAAAUCAGCAGCAUUCUGCAAGUGAUCAGUCCUUUCCGACAUGGCAGUUCCUCCUCGAACAGCAGUGUGGUCGAGUUCAACCCUGCCCUAUUCAGCAGACAAAUCAGUCAAGAUGCUAUCAGCAUCGACUCCGUGAGGUCGCUGCGAGACUCCGAGUUACCACGAACUCGUCGAAGCUUUUCCAAACUCUCUCGCUUUGAGGAGGACUCCGGUGUGGAAUCGUACAGAGCGUCGGACACGAAGCAGGCAACUUCGAGUGGUAGAAGAAGCAUUGGAGGAGGAUCUCGCCAGAGAAAGAUCUCCAGCCGGUCUUCCGAGCAGAUGUUGAAAACUUCCCUUGGUCCUUCCGCGGAAAAUCAGGUCAUUCCCUACGAAGUCUGCUUCCUAGGCGGUUACUUCAAAGUUAAUCUGCAUGAUAGAAAAUCAACGGAUCAAGAUUCUAAAGUCCUGUUCCGGAUGGUGAUGGCUCAACCGAAUGGAUUACUAUCCCUAAAUCUUCUAGAAAGGGUCGUUCAACUAUCCCUGUUCGACUUGAUCAUCGACCUCGAUGAGCUAUCGCUGCUAAAAACGCUUCCCGGAGAGCCGGACGAUCUUGGCAUACCGCAACCGAUUAUCAAGACCCGUUUCGUAAACAGCACGGCCAAGAAGAACAACGAACUGAGCGUGGAGUUCAAAAGACCGAUCAAGUUUACGGUCUCGCACCAGAAAUUGAAGGUCCUGCAAGAUCUUGGCGAUAUUCUGGUUGGGACCAUGGGUGCACCACAAGCAACCGAUCGACCUCAGCGGAGCCUGAGGAAACUCCCCAAACCCAUACUGAGCCGGAAUAAAUUCAAAAUGAUCAAGUCCAACAUGUACGACGUCGAAAAGGUCAGCGUAAGACUGUCCCAGACGAUGAUCCACCUUCUGGACGAAGAUCACCAAACGUACAACUGCAAACUAUCAUUUUCUGCCAUUCAAUCGACAUUACGAGUGCAAGAGCGACCGGCUCGCAUGUCGUUCAAUCUGGACCUGGAAGAACUGGUCUUCUGCCAAGCUUCGUUCGUGAUCGUGCAUCCAUUUUCAUUCAAUCUGCAAGCGACCUUGACCCAGGAAUAUUGGAAACGCGAUCCGUUGAUCCAAGUUAAGCUGCAUUCGAGUUAUCUUCAGCUGGAUUUCAAUCCGAACAAUCUGCAGGAAGUCCAGAGUAUGUCGGAACUCUUCAAUCAAGUACUAGGUGCAAAGUCUUCGGAAGAAACCGCCAGCAGAACUUCGGUAUCUGCCAGUGCCAAUAUGACGCCAAGUCGGGAGAAUCUGAUUCCUCUGUCGGCGCCGGGAUUCUCCCGAAGGGACUCCAAGGGAGUUCAGGAGGAGCACUACCAAGAUGAUCUCCGGGCCGGGGCGUUUCAAUUUAUCGAGUCCAGUCGAAGUAACGAGUUGCCACUGCCGUACCAGAUUAAGAUCAUCAACCGCGAUCAGGGAAUCAUCUGCUGGCGAUAUCCUCAACCUAGGGCGCUGUACAAUGUGACCGUGUAUCCGGUGCCGAUGAGCACCAACAAACCCCUGAAGAUUCAAUGCAAGCUGGAGUACUACUCGGAGAUCUACAGCGACUUUUUUGAGUUGUGCGACUUUACGUUGUGCGAGAACGAGAAGGUCAUGUUGAAGCUGCCCUCACGCAAGAUCGCCUCGUCCAUCUGGAGGAUCGUCAUGACGCAGAAUGUCAUCUACGAAGGCGGUGGCAGUGACGAAUCCAGCGGCGAAACGGACUCCACCGAGCAUGGCAAAUCUCUCAUCUCGAACAUUACCGACGUUCUGAAGGACACUUACUUGUCGACGGGUCGCAUCGUAAGUCUUCCAUAUCGACUGCACCCGAAGAUCUUCGUGGCUUGCAUGCGGGUUGAUUCGAUGUUCAACCCGAACCUCAUCCCGAACGUCGAAUGCACCGUAGAGCUUCGACCCGUCCAGAUCAAUUUGUUCAACGUGACGAACUUUUCGAUGGAUUCGAAACUUCCGAAACCCUUUGAAAGCUAUCGACUUUGCAAGGAAACCAUAGGAGCCAAGAAUCACAAGUUUCUGAUGCUCAACUCUAGCCACUUGCGGAUUCGCACGGCUAUCUACGACAACUUUGACGUACUGCUCAGUGGAGAGUUGAACCUGCACUGCGAUCUCCUGGACUAUAGUCACUACACAUUCGAGAACAUUUUGGAGUUGGUCAACUUGAAAGUCAUCGCUUCGAUCGAGGAAGACUCGUUGGAACUGAAGACGAUAUCGGAUGACAUACUGGUGCGUUAUGGGCCUUCAGUGGGAUACAACUUGAUAGUGGCGGAAAGAUUCUGGAACUCCAAGGAAGGUUCGGUGUUGAUGUACGGAAAGUACAUCGUUUGCAAUCACACUCACGUUGGGUUGAAAUUCGGUCAGUACGACACCGGGGAGGCGAUCUUCGUGGGUACCCACGAGCUGUGCCUGUACGUAUUCAAAAGUUGUCGUCAUGCCCAGGUUCUGCAGUUGACGUUCAAUGAGAACACAAAAGAUAUCUGCACCGAACCGUUUUCCGUUGCGAAGGAAGGCUUGUUCUAUGUGAGAGUUCUUCCGAUUUUCGAAGAAGACGUUGAAGACGAAAAGCUGUUCGUGGUAAGGAUCGAGAACCUUAGCAACGCUCAGAAACGUAUCACCAUUGAAGGGCAGAUAAAUUUCUUUAACAUGACGACGCAGCGGCUGAAGAUUCAGUACAAGUUUUACAAGGUGAUUCCGAACAGCGAGAAACAUUACGUGUCCACGAGCUUCUUAAUCGAUGGCGGUUCCAAUGCGAACGUAUUCGGCGCGGCGAACAACAAGAAUCAGCAGAGCUUCAAGAUCUCGAUCGACGGUGAGAAGAAAGGCUGGUCUGGAGACAUUCCGAUGCGGGAGAUUAUGAACGGUUCGAAGCCCUAUUUGGUGAAGAUUCCGACGGAGAUCGUCAAGGAGGGAUUCCUCAGCUAUUGGGUACGAAUCAUCCGGGAGAGGAUCGGCGAGAAUGCGGAACUUAAGGAUGCCUUCAACGAGCGGGUUCUGGUGGUCAUUUGGCCGCUUUUUAUGGUGCAAUCGAUGCUAACGGUCAACACCACUGCGUACGAGGAGAAGAUCGAUCAGACCUUCUCAAUCUACGGUCAGGGCGAACGGAGACAACUCGUCGUCUCUGGCACAAAUGCUGAUGAGCAUGAGCUGCAAUUCCGGAUGAACUUCAACGCCCUUCACGGAGAAGACAAGCGAAAGGCCCUACUGUCGUAUCGGUUGAUCGACGGGCGAUCAUUCUUCCAAGUUCCGGAUCGGUUCAAAACGGUUGAAAGCGCCAUUGAAAUGCUACAAAAGAACCACACCCUGAAUUGGCCUUGCUCCCGAGAGGACGAACUCCGCUGGAAGCGUGAGAACUCCAUCCAAGAAGCAACCCUCCCACUGUAUCACUGUUCGGCAGCACAUGAACUAUCUUGCUGUCUUAUGCUGAGUAUCGCCCCAUGGUGCUUGUUCAUCAAUCAACUGGGCUGCCAAGUGCGAAUCAAGAACUAUACAACCAACGAGCAGAACAUCGUAGAACCGAAUAAUAUCCUGAUGCCACAAUACAUCGAAGUCGGGUUCACUCUGGAACUAGACGUUGGCAUGCAGCUGGAAUCCGAACUGAUCUAUCUGAACGGAGAGUUCAAAAAGCAGGCACCCAACAGCUACGUUCUACCGGUGGAGGGUUCGAUCGAAAUCAACUUGCGAUCCGAGAAUGGGGUCACCAAUCUAGUUCUAACAUCACUCACGGAAAACAACAUCCGAGUGUUGAUCCUUGCGUCGCAGUUCGUCGUGACGAAUUACUCCAGUGUCGAUUUGCGCUUCUGGUCGUUCGGGGUGCUCGUCAACGAACGGCUUGAUCAGGUUCGCCAGGAUGACGCUGCGCCACAUACCGCUUGCUACAGUCUACCGAAGAACAGCCGCAAGUGUGAGAAUCCCCAAGGCACGGCCAUCACCGUCUUCAACAACCUAUCCAAGCACAAGAACAAGCUCAAAUUCAACAGUAGCUACAACUGCUACCUUACCCUCUAUCAGCACGAUGGCAACGAGUUCUCCAGCCCGAUCUACCUCAACCGGGCGCUAUCGCGGAAAAGUUUCUCCGUUCAGUGUGACGAUCGGUACAUUCCCGUGUCGCUCUCGAUCGUGGCCCACCAGGGUCAGCAGCACGUGUCCAUCUACGACGAUCCGUGUCCGUCGUUUGCCAUCGAGAAUCGAACCGAUUUCAACAUCUACGUGGCGCAGUCCGACACGGUGAAUGCGAACAAGGCGGCCACUGCCGUUCCGGAGUGCGUCGUCGAGUCGAACUUUGUGUGGUACCAGAUCGUGGGAUCGCGCCAGAAGGUUUACUACACGCCACCGGCCUUGGAUGCCCUGUUUCCGGAGGCGCAGGACGUGGAAGUGGCGCUCAUCUUUGCCUGUGUUAGUGGAAGUGCAAUCCGGUGGUCUCAUCCGGUGAAGGUCGACGAAAAUAAGAACAUAUUCCUAAACAUUCCUCUGUAUGGUGAUCUCAAACUGGCUGUGAAUAUUAAGAACCGUACUACUGAUGUUGUGAUCGACUACAUAAGUCAGGACCUUGAAUUUUCCGCCAAAGACAUUCGCACUCGUCUGCUGAAUCCAACGGCACUUCCAGCUGACCAGGACCCGGAUCUACCCCAGAAACCCACCCCGAAACAGUCGUCUUCCCCAGUUGUGAACAGCUCCGAACAACUGCUGCUUCAUUCCAAGCGGAUAUCGUUCCGAGGGUUCUUCAAAUCGCUCAAUCUAACGCUGUUCAACGAUGACGAAAGCAAAUGCUGCUCCAAGGUGGACCUGGUUUCGUUCAAUUUCGAUCGGCUCGGAGUUGAGAUGAAUACUGGCGGGGACAGCAGCAAGGCUUUGGUGCAAUUCGUUGCCAUUCAGGUGGACAAUGAACUUCAUAGUAGUGGGGAGUACGACUUCCCGGUGGUUUUGUGCAGUGAAGACCACGAGGCCAAGCAAGCUCAGCCGGUGGUCAUCCCGAAUCAGUAUAAGUUGGAAGAUUGCUUGGAGGAAAUUGCUGGCAAUGCUUUGUGCUCGAUUUAUGCCGAAAUGGAUGCCGAGAGUUGGACAAGCGUCGAAGGGCUGAGAUUUAAGAUCAAUCCUAUUAGAGCGUACAUCGAGGACACUUACAUUAACAUCAUGCUCGAUUAUCUGGUGGAGUGUCUCCCGAUGAACUUACUGUACCAUCCCGAGGAACCAAUCGAACGGAUAAAGUGUGCUCCUGGCCAGGUUCUCAUUCCAAAACUAGUCACCCAGCAGUCUUCCUACCUUGCUGAUCCAAUCAAGUUCCGCUACAUCCGGAUAGAACCGUUGCAUGUGCUGCUUUCGGUGCACACCUGUAUGCGUCUGUACAUAGCUUUGGAUCACAGUCCAUUGGAUUUCUCCGCUUUUGAGCGGUUGAACGUGCGGUCCCUUCCGAUACGGUUUGGAAACUCGCUGGGUAUGCAUUACCUGUCGGGGGCGAUCUUCGGCGGCGGUUGGGUCAUUGGAUCGUUGGAGAUACUGGGUAGUCCCAGUGGGCUGGCACGAUCGGUGACUAGUGGGCUGAGGGAUUUUGUGUCGCUGCCUGUACAAGGGUUGUUCCGAGGACCUUGGGGAUUCUUGGUUGGGCUGACACAGGGAUCAACGUCGUUGGUGAGAAACAUUACAGCGGGAACGGUCAACUCUGUGACUAAGCUGGCUACAUCCGUCGCCAGGAAUUUGGAUAGGUUGACUCUGGAUACGGAACAUGUCCAGAGGACGGAUGCUUUGAGGAGACGACGUCCUCAAGGAAUGACAGAAGGUUUCACGCAAGGAUUGACAGGGUUAGGAAUCAGUAUACUUGGGGCUGUUGGCGGGUUAGCUCAUCAUCCGUUACAAGCCAGAAGUCCAAUGGAUGUGGUUACUGGUGUGGGAAAAGGCAUUGUCGGGGCCUUCACCAAACCGAUCAGUGGUGCUGCGGAGUUGGUGGCUCUCACGGGCCAAGGAAUGCUACACAGCGUGGGAUACAACACGAUGCCUACUCCGAAAUACUUCCAGCAGCCGCUUCAGCGGUUAGAGCCGAUCCCAUACAAAGCCCUGUGGGAACCACAAACUCUAUCCGAUGGAUCGCUCAUGUUCACCAUCCACGCUACGUUUGCCGGUCGGAGUCAGUACAAGUUGGUUGUAGUGGGAGUCUACUUGAAGACGUUGGUCCUGUUGGACGUGGAGAACAGUCAGCUUCUGGAAGUGCUGGAUCUUAAAACAGUUUUCCCAAGCGUAGAUGCAAGUGAUUCCACACAGGUUCUAUUUAGGAUACGACCAGAACUUCCACCACCUCCUACGGAUUAUAUGUCGUACCCAAUCUCCAGUCGUACGUACCAGUUUGUCCAGGAGUCCACAAUGCAACUCCCGAAGCUGUCCUCCUACUCUCUUCCCCCUCUAACAAAACCAAUCACCACCACCCCCAAGGUAAGUAGAAAUCCAGCGCCGGCCGCGUCGAAUCAAGGCACCACGUUCGCAUCGCCCGAAGAUGACGACCUGACACCGCUGAUGCCAUCGUCCCGGAACUGCGACGAAGUGGCCGUCGAAAUAGAUGACGAUGACCACCAACAACUGCUGCUGGACGAUGUUCCGAUCAUCGAAGGGGACGCCAGCAAUCGCGGCGCCGAUGACAGCGAACGCCGCCUGUUGCUGUAUGUAGAGGAAAAUCUCGCUCGAUACUUGGUGAAGUACGUCAAUCUACUCAAGAAAAGCCAACAACCGGCCGGAACGGUUGUCUUUGCACCGUUCGACGGCAGAUAGUACGGGACGGUAGGACUGAAUGAAACACGAAAUUUACCGGGAAAACAGCUAUUUAUUUGGGGCAAUGCAUUUUAGUCAGUUUUAAAUAUUCAAGAUUUUUGUAUUAUUAAAUCUAUAUACACCGCUCCACGGGAAUGCAAUAAAUAUUCCAAUCAUUA